CUUUACGUAUAUAGCAUAUACAUAAAGUACAUGGUAUAUGCAAAAGUCUAGAUCACAGAAUGUCAGAAGAAAAGAGAAGGACCCAUGCCUGAACCUCAACUAGCAGCUUCCCCAAACUAACAUUUAUCCUCUGGUAUUUUCCAUGUUUUGUAGAUGCCCUAAACUUCCUUUAAAUUAGUGAGUGCAGUGUACAGUCUGGGCCUGCUCACUGCUUAGAAAGGAGUCAAUAUUUGGGACAGAGUAGGCAGAGGGAUGGAAAUGUUUGACAGACAUGGAGGAGACAAGCGCUCAUUCCUCAGCUGCCAAGUUAAUUUAUUCUCUAGAUAUGGAGACUAAAUUUGCCCUUUAUUUUGGAUUACUCUGGGAUGAGGCAGUUUAAGGAGCACAGUAAUUAGGAUUUAAGGUUAACAGGAGUACACUUCAAGAAACACCAAGUCUCACACUCUUUUCAAACUUCUAAACAUUGCAUAAAAACGUAACUGGGGAUUAACACAAUGUAGGAGGGUGAUCUCCACAUCUAUUUGUUUUCUUUCAGAGUGCCCCAAUGGCUGAAGAAAAGCCCAAGUAUAACUGCACUGUCAGUGAAGUCACAAUUGUGAACCUGCAGCCUGAGAAAAAUCCAGUUCUCCUCCUACCAGGAGGGAAGCCAGGAAGUGAUCAUAGAAACCUCGGUUUCCAGCCUCCAUCUCCAAGGAUUUCAGAGAAGCUAUGCCAGGGAGAGAAAAAGUUGUGUCCAGAAAAGGUGAAAAAGGAGGGGGCUUUGUCUCCCAGCCUGCAUUGUGCAAAUGAGUUGUGUAGCACAGAGAACAUGACCCUGAAGAGACCAGUGAAGCUGGCCCCUCUGGAGAUCCCUGUGGAAGUAAAAGAAGCCCAGCUCCAAAAGAUCAUGAGCCUCCAGAGAGAAGCCCAAAUGGCUGCCCAGAAGCUGAUGGUGAUCAACUCCAUGCAGAAUGAGCUCCAUGUGAAACGGGUCAAGAAUCUGGCUCAGGGGGAGCUGGGAAACCUCCAGAAGAUAAAGCUGAAUGAGAAGGCUACUCUGGAGAACAAAGAUGAUCCCCUACCCCCUAAAAACAGCAAACCCCUUGGAGAAAUCCAAAUCAUUCUGCCUUCAGAGACACCCCCUAAGCUGACUAAGCAGGCAGAUGCUGAGGAGGCUCCCAAGACACUCAGUAAGCCAUUAAUCCCCAUUCUGCAGGUGUCUGACAUGCAUGGAGAGCCCCAGAGCCCUGAGAGCACCCCUGAGCCCUGCCAAAACGCUGCUCGGCGCCGCUUCAGAGUGAGACACACAAAAGAGCAGCAGGAGGACACCGGGAAAGCCAAACCCUUAAAGGCCACAGAUCCAAGUGUGGGAGAAGGCACAAAGAAAACUGCAGGGCAGAGGACGCAGAAAACCCUCAGUGACGCCAGCAAGCUCAUUGAAAACGUGUCCAAAAAGCAGAAGGAACGAGGAGCAAAGCAAAGAGAAAUGGAUGAAGCCUCUCUUGUGAGGAGGCAGUCGAUUCGAAGGAUGGCCUUGGGAGACAUCAUCCAGGUGGAUGAUGACUGAAUGUCAAAGCACAGAUACCCAGGAAGAUGUUUUAGACUGAGUGCUUAGAUAGAAGUCUUCAGAAGAGGGUGUGGAAGCAUUAGGAAUCCACCAAAUAAAAAUAAGGUGAUACUGCGUGAACAGCUCUGUCAUUUCUGAGAUGCUCAAACAAAUGGCUCAGAGAAAAUCACCUUCUACUCUGCUCAGCACUAGAAGGGCCUCAGAUAUUCUGAGCCCAGCAUGGAGUAUAACUUUUCAAGACACGUGGACCAUGCAGAAAAAAUCUGGAUGUGGACUGGGUGGAGGGAUCAAGAGGAAAAGAGGAACCUAGAAAAUACUGUGUCUGGGGCUUUUUGCUCCUGAGAAUACUGCCCUUGCAUUCACAGCUGUGGCAAGUUUGUUUCAGAAAAAGAAGAUUAAAUGUUCUUCAUAUCUACUGUUGGCAGAACAAAAAAUAAUUAGUGUAAGUUUAGCAAGAGACAUUCAAGUCAGAAAAGGAGAAAAACUUUAAAGGACAACAAACACUGAAGAAUAUUGUUUACCAAGAUGGGAAUCUCUGUCACUGAAAUUUUUAAUAAUGCAUUAGGCAAACACCUGCCAAGGAUGUUUUUUCAGAUGAAUUAAUCCUUCAUUCACACACAAGGACUGGAUGAUCUGUAAUGUCCUUCAAUCUAAUUUUUCUUAUAUUAUAUGAUCUAUCUUUUUAGUUGUCCACUUGCAAGGCUACUAACUAAGCCAUGUAGUGCAUAAAAGGUACAAUAAAUGCAACUUUUCACUUUGCACUGAUUCUUCUUCCAUGUCCUACAGCUCAUUCCGAGAUAUUCAUUGAAUUCUUCAGAAGGCAGCAUCUGAUGCUGCUGUCCCUUGGUUUCUUCAGACUUCUGUUUGUUUUUUCACAGUUUCUUGGUAAA